GUCUCUGCGGGGUGCUCAUUAGUAGAUGCUUUUUCUUAGAACUUCAGACUUCAAUUGAUUCCUGAAGAUGUUUGCAAAAGCAACAAAGAAUUUUGUGAGAGAAACUGACAGUGGAGGUGACUUGAUCCCUGUCUCCCACUUGAAUGCCUCAGACAAGCUGCAGCUUCUGAGCUUAGUUACAAAGAGGAAGAAAUUCUGGUGCUGGCAGAAGCCCAAGUAUCAUUUCUUGACAGUCACCUUGAGUGAUGUGCUUACUGAAGACAAGCCGAUAAAACCAGUAAUUGUGGAGUCUGACUUUGCAAAAUAUAUGGGGAAGUUUGAAGAUUUUGUUCAAGGAAGUAUUGAAACUUCAUUUGGAAAGAUCAGCCUGGGUGCUGGAGGGAAGGGCUAUGUGGAAAACCAGUCCUCAUUUGGAAACCUGAGGAAGCAGGAGAUUGACUUGCAGCAGCUUAUGAAAGACAUCAAGGACAGAACAAUAAAUCUAAACAGUAGUUUACUGCAACAAGUGAUAGAAAGAAAACGGGAAGUGUUGUGCAUCUUGAGAGAAAAGAUAAUAACAACUCAGAAGUGUACGAUAUCUGAACAUAUCCAAACAGAAGAAAAAAUCAGCGGUGUGAUGGGAUGCAGUACAAAAAUAGUAAAGGUUUCAGUGAGUGAAAAUGGAAGUAUGAUGAAGGAUUCUAGUGUGAUCCUUGAAAUUCCUCCUGCAACCGCUAUUGCCUAUGGUGUAAUUGAACUGUUUAUAAAGCACAGUGGCCAGUUUGAAUUUUGUCUGCUAGAUGAACAGCAAGGAGGCUUUGAAAAAGAAAGCACAGAAGGCUCAACUUAUCCCCAUUCAGCAUUAUUCAGAGAUGCUUCGUUUCUCUAUCAGCCAGAUGCUGUUGAUAAUACGAUGUACUCUGGGGCUAAAAACCUCAUUCCCAGUGAUGCUGCUUUAAGUGUAUUGAAACAAGAUCUGUCACGGUUGAAGACUCAGUUCCAGCCCUUUGUGAAGCUGCCGGAAGACAAGCGAAGAGCUUUAUAUAAAACCCUUUGUGAACUCUUGCUCCAUGAAGAAAUGGUAACUGCUCUGGAGGACGUGGUAGAUGAUAUCUGCACAGGAGACAAGCCAGAUCUGAAGGAGUUAAAACCUGCACAACAACGAGACCUCAUUGACUUCUUGCAGCUCUUAGGAUGCAGUUUACAGGGUGAGCCGUUGUUGCGGAAAUGUCAGCCUCAGGAUGAAGAACUCUUCUCAGCUGCUCACCUCCUCAUCAGUGCUAUCUCUGAGCUGUCUGAUUACACUCUUGUCCUGCUGCAUGCCUGCUGUGAUCUUCAGGUUGUUCCGGCAUUGUGUUGUUUGCCUAACAUCGCUUCAGCUGAUGGCACCUUGGCGCUGAGCAGUCCUUUGGUGGCUACUCUCACUGACAGACGAAGAUUUGAUGUCAUACAAAGGCUGUUUGCUUCAUCAAACAUUAAUUUGGAAAUGACAGAGUCUUCUGCAAAAGCUGUAACUAUGAAAGAACCUAGAUUCUUCCCACUUGUUCUUUAUGUUGCAUUGUAUGGAUUUUAUGCUUUAGGUGGGAAUGUAUAGGAGCUUUGCUGAGUAUCCAGUUACUGCUCUAGCCUGUUCUUUCUUCUGUAGCUCUGCAGUGUAGUGUUGGUGUGUUUGAGC